UAUGGUAAGUGAAAAAAAGUUCAUUUCUCAUUCAGCUAAAGUGAUUGGAUGGCAAGUAAGUAUUGAACCAAUUGCGUAUUUAACUACUUCUGAUAUUACGGAAUGCGAAUGGAUGUGUUCAAUUUUAACUGAAUGCAAAACUUAUAACAUCGCUUUUGAUGUGAAUAUUGAUACGGUACAGCAUAAGAAAUUGUGUCAACUACUAGGAUACGACGAUAUUCAUUUUACUGUUCAAGUUUGCGAGCGAAAAAGGGAUUCUUAUAUUGUUGAAAUGUCUUCAUUUCAAAAACAAUACUACUUUGAAAUGAACUUGAACGAUUGGCUAUCGCUUAUAUUUGUAUCAAAGACAUUUGGCGCUUAUCCUCUUAUGUUCACUUUCCUCAACAGAAAUCGUAUAGCCGAAUUGCUAUGUAAAUUUGCUGGUAAAAUUCGUAUUCCAAUUGAAUAUCAACAGAAACAAAUGAAAGGCAAAAAGGUUCAAAUAUGCGGAGAACUACGAAUUCAUUAUAAAACAACAAAGUAUCCUGCUUUUCGAGCUUGUAAAUGGCAGAAUGACCUAUUGGGCGGCUGUAAAGCGAGCUUAGACGUUCGAGGUUUUAUAGCGGCGGCUUAUUGCGCUAACCCCAAUACGGUUAAAGACAUUUUAUGUUUAAAAGAGAAUGCGUAUAGUUUUCAGGACGGUUGUUAUGUAAAAUUGAAAUACGGUAGAAGAGUGUCUAUAAGUAGAGCGAGAGAAGAAUGCCAGAAGAUAAAUUCAACUCAAUUCUAUUUUUCGAAUGAUGAAUAUGAAUUUUUUUCCCAAAUAACAACAGGCGACAAUAGACACGUUGGAAUAGUUAAAAAGAACAUUGCCGGAAAAUUGAAAAUUGUUAAAGAUGUAAACGAACGCGAAAUAUUCGUAUACGACGAUAGAAAACCUUAUGAAUUUUACGCUUUCAUCUUUGAACAACAAUCAAAAUAUUUAGGGGAAUGUCUAACUAUUCAGGAAACAUUAAAUGCCAAUAAUAAUUUCCAUAUUGGAAAUGAAGAGAGAUGCUACUAUUUGGAAAAAGUUUUUCAAUUUUAUCCAGUGAAAUAUACAGUUAUUCCAAACAAUUGUAACUUGAAUGUUAUUACCGAAACGUUCUGUAAAUUACCUUACGACUAUGGAUUUUCUUUGGUGAAUAGAUUGAAAAAUGUUCAAUUCAACGGUUGUCCAGAUCAUUUCUAUCAUUGUACUAUGGAUAAUAUAUGUAUUCAUUCGAUUAACGUUUGCGACGGUACUGACGAUUGUAUUUCUGAUGGUGAAGAUGAGAAAAAUUGCGGAAAUAUUCAAUUGUUCUAUUGCGAUGUAAGUUCAACGAUAGCAUUCCAAUUAGUUUGUGAUUCUGUGUACGAUUGCCCUAAUAAGCUGGACGAGGUGAAUUGCGAAACUAAACAGUGUAGAAUGAAUGAAACGAGAUGCGAUAAUAUGCAGUGUAUAGAUGAUGGAUAUGUCUGUAAUCGGGAGAGAAAUUGCUUUGACGAGAGCGAUGAAAAAUGCUCUCAGGAGCGACUAUUCGAUUAUGAUUAUGACUGUCUUCAAUACGAUAGAUUCAAAUGCGAUAGGAAAUGCCUAUCGAAAGAAAUAUUAUGCAAUAAACAAUGGGAUUGUUUAGACGGAAGAGACGAAAAAGAGAGUAUUUGCGCCAAAGAGAAUGCAAUUCCACCGGAGAUUUGUAAGAGUGUAGAGAAUUUGAAAAGCAAUAGUUGCGAAGUUGUCUAUACUUCAAUGGGAAAUCUGUUGACAAGAGUUCAUUUUCCGUAUUCCAGUCUGGAAAACUGUAAUAGAAAAUCUUGCGAAAUGGGUAAAUACUUGUGUAAUAAAGUUGGUUAUUGUAUAUCGAUAAAGCAGAUUUGUGACGGAAUUGUACAUUGCGUUUAUCACGACGACGAAUUCGAUUGCGGUUGA